AGCUCAUGAAACAUGGGACCAACACUUUACAUGUUGCCUUUAUAUUUUUGUUCAGUAUAAAAAAAAGUAUUUGUCUGUUUAUCUUCUAGAUGUUGGAGUACACCUAGACACACGUUGCCCAUCCUGUUAAUGAGGUGUGAAAAGCCCAGAUGUAACAAUCUCCUUUCAUUCCUUCAUUAGAGAGAUCACAUCAAACUGAUAAUUGUUGUCGUGCCCAUCUAAAGAGCCAUUUCCCACAAAAGAAAAUCUAAUUAUUUUUCAUUCUGUUACACGUUAUCCGUCUAUUUCACCUUAUUGGCACCUCGGUGACAACGAACGACGUCCUUCGGGAAAGUCACAUUUUAGCACUUGAGUUUUCUUUGAACUUUCGCUUCAGCUGUGAACUCAUAAACCACAGAGAGCUGCGUCCAUAUAAAACGGUUUCUCAAGCCGCUUUUCAGAAUUUGCUCUCCACGGAGCUGCCCGAAUAGCCUAUCAUUGAGGUCACCGUAUGGAGAGCGUGUCUGAGGAUAUUGCUAACAUGGAUUGUGACAUUGAAGUUGUUACCUCAAAAAUGCUCUCUGAAUGGGAUUGGAAGACGCAGGAAAGGGCUUUUGGGAACGGGCAUGAUUCUCUUGAAUCCACAUCACCAGAAUCAUCAUUCGAUUCAAUGUGCUCUUCGCCCGAGAUGUCCUCCAGCUCAACUGGGCAUCAGAGCUUCGGAAAUGUAUCCUAUGGCUUAACAGGACACAGCCCAACCCCGUGCGCAACGUUGAAACAAACCAAACCGAAGAUGUCGACCAAGAGACGCAUGAAGGCGAGCGAGAGGGAGAAGAUGCGAAUGAGGAGCCUAGCAGAAGCUUUGCACCAGCUCCGCGACUACCUGCCUCCAGAUUACAGUAAAAGGGGACAACCUCUGACCAAAAUUCAAACUCUCAAAUACACCAUUGAGUAUAUAAAUGAACUUUCGGACAUCCUCAACCACGCGUAAUGAUGUGCUAAAAGAUGGCCACGUUUUAAAUGAUGCGUAACGGGGCCAAACUAUUUGGUAUUAGGUGUAGACCAUUGUCAAACAUUUUGUGUUUGGAAAACUAUUUUUGGUUUGUUCAUUUUGAUAUUGGUGCAUUGUGGAUGAUAAGUUAAUUUCUCAUAUUGUAUUUAGAAUUAUUCUGCCCCUCAUCUGAUGUAAAUAAUUGUUAUUCUGUGGGGACUUGACUUGACCAUGUAAUUUUCUUGUAUGUGAAUAGGCUAUUCUUGUUUUACAUUAUUGACAUGAAUUAAACAAACAUUAUAAACAAAA